AUGCGCGGAGGAAAGACCCAAGGCGAAGACCGAAUCAGACUCAGAGCAGCGGUAAAUCACGUAUGGGAUACGUUGGAACAGAGGGGAACCGAAGGUUAUUUCAUGUGGAUGCUGCAAGCGUAUCCAUGGAUGGCUGAGGAGAUCCAGAAGCGGAAGCAAGAGUGGGCAUUCAUGUCAAAUAUUAGAGAGAGGGUGGUGAGGACACUGCACAUCGAUAAUCCAGACUACACAUUUGUUUACGAAGGUGUCUCAGCGGACGUAAACCUGGAUGAUGUCCGACUUCCAGACACCGCAGUUACUCUUGGAUCUCCCAUCAAUACGACAGCCAUUGCUCAGUGGCGCAGUAGGGAGAUUGCGACAUCGACAAUCGCGACGUCGACAAUCGCGACAACCACAAUCGCGCCAACCACAGUCGCGACACCGUUUGACGAUACACAGACCAGGGACCAGCCCGACGACACUUUGGUAUAUCACGCAGCUGGACAGCAGUUGCGCUACAUCAAAGCGCGCAUCGCAGUGCUAAGCGAUCAGCAGAAGUCAUUGGAAGAAUACAUUGAGGCUUUGCAGAGAUUCGCAAGAGCCUCUGACCGCGGCAGGUACCCUGGUUGA